CAUUAGUGUUUUAUUUUGUUUCUUGAAAAACAAUCAAUCAAUCUCUCUUUAAAUAAUCAAUCAAUUUCGUAUUUUCCUAUCGUCAGAGUCUAACGGUUUCUGAUUCUUUUGCUUGUCGUCCCAGUUGUUCCUUCCUUGAAGCAAUUUACAGGUGUGUAUAGUACGAGAUGGAAGGUAGUAUAGUUAGACGGGUGAUUCCUUCCGAUAACAGUUGUCUAUUUAAUGCCGUUGGGUAUGUCAUGGACCAUGACAAAAAUAAGGCUUCAGAAUUGAGACAGGUUAUAGCUGCUACAGUAGCAAGUGAUCCAACAAAAUAUUCUGAAGCGUUUCUUGGGAAACGUAAUGAAGAAUAUUGUGCUUGGAUUCUUAACCCGGAGAAAUGGGGAGGCGCAAUAGAGCUUUCAAUAUUAGCAGAUUAUUACGGUCGUGAAAUUGCAGCAUAUGAUAUCCAAACCACAAGAUGCGACUUGUAUGGACAGGAAAAGAAAUAUCGAGAAAGAGUAAUGUUGAUAUACGAUGGUCUCCAUUAUGAUGCUUUAGCUAUGUCCCCUGCUGAUGGAGCUCCUGAAGAAUUUGAUCAAACGAUUUUUGCGGUAAAUCCCGAUAGGACCAUCGGGACGUAUGAAUCACUUGCUCUAAAUCUUGUAAAGGAUCAGCAAAGGUACAAAAAAUGUGCAGUUCAUAAAAAGGAAAAGGAGCUACACGGAUACUGCCAAUUUCACAUUGCGUUGCGGGGUUUGCCAAAUUGGUGUAAUUGGUCAAAAGGAAGCUGUGGAACAUGCACAAGCAACAGGGCAUGUCAACUUUCAAGAAUUUAAAUGAAUAAAUUAAGAAUUAUUUGUUGUUGUAGUACCCAAUAAGUUUGUCUUUUCAAUUGUUGUACUAUAGACUGUAAUUUGAGUGUGAAAUUAUUGGUUUUUUUUUUUAUAAACCGAGCUUUCAAUGAAGAUCGACGAUCAUCUUUCAAAUA